AUGAAGGGCAGCUGCCUGCCAACCUGGAGUCAGCAUCCAGGAGGAAUUUGGAAAGAGGUUGGGGAGAGGACUGAUGCCAGCCAGCUGCCUCACGGGGAGGGGGAGACACUUGGCCAUGCCACUAGCAUCCUGUUCGGCUUUCGGAUGAGUUUCAUCUGUGACACGUACAGAGUCCUCACUUGGAACAAGAGGAUUAAAAGAGGCCCUGGCGCUCGCUCCUCUUCUGAUUAAGCACACCUUGGCAUACAGCGGAACAGAAGGCAAAGCUGCACAGAAAAGGACCAAAGUCAGGUGCCAGAAGCAGGUGACAUCCAGACUCCCAGUUCGUUGGAUGCAGCUAUUUCAAUAGAGCCACUUUUUUGUGUGGCUAUUUAG